AUGGAACAGCUGGCAGCGAAUCCUCCCCCUUAUUCUUCCUCCUCUUCUGCUGCUUCUUCACAUUCCUCUUCUCCCUUUUUUCUGAUUCCUCCUCGCAGCCUUUCCCUCGAGCUCCUCGCCAUAUACCGCCAUGAAGUAUACUUCAUGUAUCCCUUUUUCAACAUGCACUUAUUUGAGGAGGCCCUGCGAAGGCUCUUUACGGUUUCCCCAAUUCCCGGCGUUGCACCUGCGGAUCUCGGUCUCGGCUGCUCAAAAGAGGCGGAUGGCACAACGCCCCUGUUUCAGUGUGCUCUCUUCAUGAUGCUAUGUCACGCGGUUUACUUCUCGGAUCUAGACCAAGAGGACAAGGCAGUUGUUUCCCGCACCUUCUGGAAAUGCGCAAAACGCUUCAUGACGCCGGACCUCCUCAAGAGAAGCAGCUUGGCAGCGGUGCAGACGUUUCUCACCAUUGCUGUAGCCAUCAACAGCUCCCUCCUUCCAGGUGUCCAGAGCAAGAUACCUGCCUUGUUGGCAUCCCGCAUUGCACGAAGCUUGGGUAUUGAUAGCGAACACGAUCAGACUCCAAUGACGGCAGCCGGCCCUGUUCACGACAUCAACAGGCAGGCCUGGUUCUCUGAGACCAUCAAGUCUAACGUGGCCUUGAACUCCAACAUGUUCGAGACGCCUUUAGCCACUGUCCGAUAUGGGUCUUCGUCCGGCAGCGUCGAGCUCAGCUUUUUCAUUGAAUGCGUCCUUCACACGGAGCAGUUGGAGAAGGUACUGGCCGACAUACGUCGGGCUCGCGAGCCCGUUUUGAAGAAAGGUCCAAGAGAUGGCUACAAUAGCUUCAACGACAUCGUUCCCGAGUUGCGCAGGGAUCUCGAGGAAUUCAUUGCAACACUACCUGAAGAGCCCCGAUGGGGCACCUCGGGCUUACCCAGCGAUUGUGUCCACCUUGUCGGCUUUGAGUCGCAAAAGACCUUUUCCAAUGCUAGGUUUAUGCACUUGCGCGCCAUGCUGUUCCGUCCGAUCCUCAUGCAAAUUGGCUUGAACGACCGCCUCCCGUCCGAUAUCGCGGCUGACAACGUCGACCCUCGCGUCAAGGAUAAGACUCUCAUGUGUGCGAUCAACUGCGUCGACACUGCCGUCAACCUCAUCCUUCAUCUGUACCAAAAGUACCUGCUCGAUGUGAAGAGCAACAGAGAAUGGUGGUGGGAUCCGUACCACACUAGCACUGCAGGGCUCAUCCUCGUCAUGUCUCAAACUUCAGAGUUACUAUGGACAAGCAUCCAAGUUAGUGAAGUCCGGAGAGCCUGGACAGCUUGCCAAGACAUGCUCGGCUACGGCGCCACGACCAACCAUUUCUACCGGGAUGCCCUCACAUAUCUAUGGGAUCUGAAUAGCAGUAUCGCGGGAUGCAGCGUGCUCGAGAAUAACUACGAUGCCCUGCCGCGCAUCAAAGGCCAAGAGCCCGUGACCUGGAGCUUUCAUCGGACCCCUUAUAACCAGUUUUUGAAUCCCUGCUCGCCAUUUACGAACUCCAGCAUGGUUCAACACCAGGGCAAACCGCAACCGCCUGGCAAAGCCUUCCCAGUGCCAUUGAAGCCAAGCCCGAAUACAGGUGGCUACGCAGCUCCUUUGGGUUCCGGUGCAGCU